UUGCGCGAUGACGUCACAGUUGACGUGAGACCUCCCGCAUUCUGGAGAGGGAGGAACUUUUAAUACAAGAAACUAUCACGUUCUGAUGAAAAUCAGAUAUAAUUCUAAUAAUUCUGAGUGACGGGCCUCCACGGCGACCCACAAUGCACCGGGACGGCCCGGGUUCCCACGGGGGAGAGAGCCGGGUUCCGCGGGCUCCUCUGUAAUACCACGGCUCCCCUCAUCCGAACGGGAGCUGUCAUCGGGCGGGCCGGAGGCGGCCGACUGGCUUCUGUUUCAAAGACGGCGUCCACCUUCAGACGGGACCGGGCUUGAAAGAGGAGCUUAAUCACCACGGGCUGCCCAGGUGAGCGGAUCGGUGCUGGGCAGAGGGUCGAUGAGCGGACGGCUGGAGAGGAGGGAGCAGCUCAAGAGGCUGUCUCUGCCGGAGUACAUGGACGCCAACAAAUGCAUCGACGAGCUCCUGAAGCAGCUUGAGGAGGAGCGGCGAAAUGUCCGAAGGGAAAAGCUGGCCGUGGCUCGCCUGCAGAGGGAAGUGGCACGGAGCAAGAGUGAAGGAACAAUGCGAGAAAAGCUGAUCCACGAGCUAGAGGAAGAGCGCCGCCUGCGACUGGAGAGCGAGAAGCGCCUGCGGGAAGUGACGGAGGAGUCGGAGGUGGGCCGGGCGCAGAUGGUCUCGCUGCAGCAGCAGUUCUCCAGGAUGGAAGAGACGGUGCGGUCGCUGCUGCAGAACCAGGGCGGCGUCCUGGAGCAGAGCGCCGUGGACUCGGUGGACAUCAUGAAGGCCUACAAGGAUAAACUGUCAGAGGAGGAGCAGAAACGGAACGAGGAGCCGGCAGAGAGCGACGCGCCUCCAGUGGAUCAGGAGGACAGAACCGGGCCUCUUCUGGAGCGCCUCAAGGCCUUGGAGGAGGAGAACUCGACCCUGGCCCUGGAGAACGAGAGCCAGAGGGAGCAGUACGAGCGCUGCCUGGACGAGGUCGCCAACCAAGUUGUCCAAGCACUUCUCACACAAAAGGAUCUGAGGGAGGAAUGCCUGAAGCUCAGAACCAGAGUCUUCGACCUGGAGCAGCAGAAUCGAGCGCUGAGCGUUUUGUUCCAGCAGAGGAUCAAACCCGCCUCAGACCUGCUUCUCCAGAAGCUGCACUCUCGGAUCAUGGAUCUGUCUGCGGCCGACCUGCUGCUGGAGCCCGAGAGGAGCAAGGCUUUCCUGCUUUCCAGGAACUCCGACUCUCCUUCUGGUGAGGUUCAGCUAAGUGGAAAGCCGGGCCUCCCAGUGGCCAAGUGUUUGAGCCAGCUGAGCCUGGGCGUGCCCCCGCCCGUCUACCCGCGCAGCAGCUGCAGCAGCAGCGAGAUCUCCCUGUCGAGCGCAUGCAGCGAGUUCUCCAGCGGCUCGUACACCUGGAAUGACGGACGCUCCUGCGGGAAAAAGUCUUCUCUGACAUGGGAGAAGAGGCUGAGUUUGGGUUCAUCGGCUCCGAGUAACAUCUGCGCCCCUUCAGAGGAGCAGCAGCCCACGCGAUGUAAGGAGAGCCACAUCCUGGAGGGACUUCGGAAGCUCCAGAGGAGGAAACACAGAAGCUCCUCCUGUUCUUCCAAGGUGUCCAGAUCAGGCUAUAAAGACUGCAUGAACUCCAACGAGGGCAUCUACUCCCUUGGAAUCAAGAGCAGCAGCAAAGGGGUUUCCAAGCCCAGCCACUGUGGCAGGACUUUCACCGCUCGAGGCAAGCAGUUCUUCUACGAUUCGGAUGAUGCAGAUGAUGAACUGGUGCAGUCGAGCCGCAGAGAUGACAUCCCCACGAAGGACUGCUGGUUUCACUGCAAGAGACUCUCUCACAGCAUCUCAGAUAGCUUGUGCAGCUGGGAUGGGACGCAGGAAGGUGACGCCCCUUCAGGACCGAUGGUUGCGAACUCUUGUUCUGGCUGUGACUCCAAAGAGCGUCCGGAGAAGCUCGUAAGUUUCCUCAGUUUUCUCUCAGACGGAGAGCACAAGUCAGCUUUUAGUAGACCGACCAAGCUCCACUCCAACCCACCUGACCCGGAAAGCACCAAGCGCCUCCGUGAUGUGGACGGCCACGAGAAAAAGUGUAGUGAAGUCCGAAUGUCCUGUGACCAACCGACAGAGCAAGCAGAGAGGGAGUUCAAAAGACUGUCUCGGGAUGCUGCAAAGCUCCUUAAACAGAAAUACUUGGGCAGAGACCAGGGACGCACGCAGUCUGCCGAUGGGAGGCCCAAACCUUUAAGUCUGCUGAAGGAACCAAAAGCCUCCAAGUGUACCCAGUCUGAAGAAAGCAUAUUGGCUAUCUUUGAUGCAGAAGGGGAACCUAUUGAGCUUUGUCCCCAAAGGCUUCCAGCAGAUGCAGAUCAAAUUGAAGGGAGUAAAAUUGCUGCUAACUAUGCAGAAUUAGUACCACCAGAGAGACCAGCGAGGCAAACAUCUGCCAAUACAAGAAAUUAUAAUGUUCUGGAAUCUCCAGAGAAACCUUCAGAGUGGGAGAGUAGGACUAGUAAAUCAGCCAAUAGCAAGGGGGAAAGUACAGAGAGGCUGUAUAUGCAGCCGACUCCACAAAGAAAGCUAAUAAAACCACCAGGCGUCCGAGCAAGUAAGAGUCAGUCCAUCCCUCCGUUGAAUGAUGCUGCCUGUCCCAAGACUAGUGGUUCAAAGAUUCCUGGUCGCAACAAACCGUCAGCAUCCCCUCUGAGGGUGUCUAAAGGUUCAGCAGCUGAGCCAAGCAAUGGUGGAAACUCAGGAUCCUCCACUCAGGAGAAAUCCCCUUCCUCUCCUACAGUUAAAAUGUCCAGAUUCAUAAAAACACAAACUAGCUCUCAGAGCCCAAAGGCUGUGAACUCCAAAUGGAGUAAGGGUCCCUCAUCCACUUCCCCCCACCUCCCAAGGAGGCUCCUGGAGUUUGGUGACACUAGUGAAAAACCAACUAGAGACAAACACUGUGAAUCUAGCAAAAAUAAACUCAGGUCUCCCUCUCCUCCCCCUCCCCCAGGCCGCACCACCUCCCUACUGAUCAGACCAAACUACGAAGGUUCCCCUCAGGCACAUAAAACAGGGGUGGCUCCACUAUCCACACUAACCACUGUGAGGGGCCCUCCCCCAAGUUACUACACCUCAUUGGCACCAAAUAUGCAAACCACUUUACCCAUCAAGGAUAAAGACUGUCUGGAUUUGGAUGCAGGCUAUGGGACUGCACUUGCACCUCAGAAGCUGAUCGAGAAAACCAGUCAGCACCUUCAGAAGUCCCCCGUUGUGACUCAGACUCCUACAAAAGGCACUUCCAGACUUACAAAAGACUACCUCCCUUCUGCAAACUCAGGGUCUGUUCGAGAACCUGACAAUGCACCUAGAAGCUCAAAGAAUGUUCCUCCUCCCUACAGCGCUCUCAGAGGCUCCUCACUACAAAACACAUUUGCAAUUAAGAAAGGACCCACUCAUGAAAAUGUCCACCAGACAGUUCAGAAGACCUCUAUAAGUUUACCCAUAUCCCUUCAGGAUUCCCCUCAAUGUCAGCCAGAGCAGCAAAAUGCUAAAGCUAUCGUUAGCCCUCCGGCCUCUGCUGUUAUGUCACCCAGCCAAGCAGAAAAAGCUGCUAAGACUCGCAUCCCAAUGGGCUUUAAAGCCUUUUUGAAAUCACCUCCAACAAGUAAAAGUAGUCCCACUGUUCCUGGUAAGCAAGAGAAAGACCAUAUCAACUCAGUCUCCAAGGAGACGGUGACUUCAAAUGCCUCAACCCAGUGUGAUGGCUUGCAAUCGGCGUUUAGUAUCGAUUUACCACCCAAGACGUCUUCAACAGAGGAGAAAGGUAAAGGUGAAGUCCAGUGUUGCGUUUCAGAAGAGGCCGUACAUCCGGCUGUGUUGCCUGAGGAAGCCGAUGUGUAUGAGAAGGGGAAAAGGACCAGUCAGCUCUUUGGUCGAUCCAUAUCCGUGACAACAAAGACCCAUCUAAAGCCCGCCCUGGGAAUGAACGGCGCCAAAGCUCGUAGUCAGAGUUUCAGCGCCAACUACAUGGAGAAACCCAACAUCAAUGUGCCGGAAGGACUGGGGAAAGUUCGUACUCAAAUCAUUACCAACUCGGGUGAGAGGGGAAACUCUCUGUCAAGGCAGAGUUCUUUAGAGGUACCAGCUGUAGGCUUGGCUGAGAGUCCUCUCCAUUCACCCAGGAUGAGGCUAAGCCACUAUGGAGGCAUGACAGCUUCAACCAGUACCAACGGCCUCCCUGACAAACCCUCAAAGUCUGGCUCUAAGGGGGAAUCUGUCACCUCCCCUACACAUAAAGAGGUGCACAGUCAGCCGUCAGGUGAAAGGACAAGUUUCAACAACAUCCGGAAACCCAAAGUGGCCUCUCACCCACAAUUUCAGCCUCAGCCAUCCUUCUAUAGCCCUGAAAACCCUGCCAGAGAGAAGGAAAACCUGGUAACCAACUCCAACGAACCGGGCAAAACCCAGCUGGACUCGCCAACCAAACCAACCGACACAGAGGACAAGAAAAUCAGCCCGACAGUUUGCACAAUUGAAGAGAAAGUCAUGAUGGGCAUCGAGGAAAACUUGCAAAAAUCCCAAGAACAAGAGAAGGUAGCAGCCAGUGAGGCCAAACAGAAAACCGGCCCAUCUCUCGCUAACUGGUUCGGCCUGCGAAAGAGCAAGCUUCCGGCUCUGAGCGGCAAGAAAUCCGACUCCCCCAAAGGGAAGGAAGAGAAGAAGGACCUAAAGAUCGGGUCUGUCCUCGGGGGGAAACAGGUCAAGCCUGACAAGAAAAAGGACAAGAAGAAGGAGGGCCAGGAAAUCCAGAAUCUGGAUUUGAACAACAAGCUGAGCUCCAUCAUGGACCACUGCAACAAUCAGAUGGGUCAAAUCGCCAGUCAGAUUCAGAGUACCACAGCGUUCAUCGGAAAAGACCAGUUUGUCAAAGACCUUCUUGGCAAGACGGCGGUGAAGGUCAGCAGCGUGACCGCCUCACCGCCCGCCAUCUCCACACCCAGGAAGCACGGCGAGACCAAGGCGGACCUGCAGAUCUGUCCCGAUACGGCGACCCUGAUAAUAAGUCAGAAGAUCAGCCUGAAGGCUGAGGAGGAGGACGGACACCUGGCCGACUCCAGCUGUCAGGACCACAUGAUAGGCUCCAGCUGCCAGAUGCGCACCCUGGACAGCGGCAUCGGCACCUUCCCCCUCCCCGACUCGGUCUCCAGGGCCGCCGGCCGCCACGUCCCCAGGUCCGAGUCCAGCCCAGACCAGGUGACCUCCGACCCCUCGCAGCCCCAUGUCAAAGUGCCUUCCCUCCCCAAAGCGCAGCCGCAUCCCUCCACCGGCAGCAUGGCCCACUCCACGUCUGACCCUGGCGGCAGAACGGGCCAGGACACCCAGAGCCGUCUGCCCAAACCCUCAACCUCAGACGCCAUCCGGACCAAGAGGCUGAGUCUGUUCGCCCAGCGCAGCAGCAGCAGCGACCAGGACAGGAAGAGGACAGCAGAGCAGGACUCAAAGGACGGAGUCCAGGUGGUGAGGACGUUCUCGGGGAGCGACAUGGAGACGGAGACGGACAGAAGCGGCGCCACGGUAACCAGGAGAACCGUCUCCGUGGAGCAGCGCGAGGACACUCUGAAGACCUCCCUGUCCAUCAUGGACUACUACCAGCAUGAGAUGCUGUCCCAGCUGGACACCCUGGACGGGUCGGCCCAGGACCGGAUCAGCAAGGAGCUGUCGGUGGAGAAGCUGCCCGUCGGGCCGAGCCGUCCGGCCUCUCUCCACAUCUCCCUGGAGUCCCUGAACAAGCUGAACCACGGCGGCGGCGAAACGGACCCCGACCUCAGAGCCGACGGCGACGCAGGCGGCAGCAGCUGCAACGGCAGCGAGCCUCUGCCGUCGUCUGGCUUUGGCAGCAGGCCCGGGCCGGACCACUCCCUCAGCGACUCGCUGUAUGACAGCUUCUCCUCCUGCACCAGCCAGGGCUCCAACGGCGUCUGAGGGAACUGCUGUACCGCUGGACGUGUGGCCCUGUAUUGACCUUUCACCUCACUCUUUCACUCUACUGUCAGCGGAUCAAUGACUUAGAUGUUGAAGGGUACAGUUGGCCCAUUAGACCUGUUUUUAGGUUUCCAUUCCUGGUGGCUACUAGACAAUGAGAACUAUUGUCUCUUCUCUUGACUCAGUUGACAUGGCGGUUUCUGGAACCCAGUGGUACGGAUGAUCUCGACAUCCUCAGAAAUCUCUUGAUCUUCAAGUGACCAUCACGGUCAUGGUCAGACCGUCAUGUGUGGUGACGAUGUCUCCUGGUUUGAGAGGACAGCCCAUGUCUCAUCAGGUCCAACCAUAAUAAUAUUUCACCCUAGAUCUUUAGGAAUCUUAGAAAAUGGUGUUUUGAGAGUCAGUGGCUGAAACCAUUGAGAUUUCCAAUUUUGGAGAAUCACAAACCGGUUUUUGCAGUGCAGUGUCUUCACUGCGCCUGAUGGCGCCGUUCUUCACUGCUGGCUUAGUAAAUCCAAACCUUUCUUUGGGUUUGAACCUCUUCGUUACUUUUCCAAAAGGCUUUAGCAGCCUCACCCACAAGGUGACUCAUUAGAUUUUCCAUACAAUCAAAGCACUUAGAAGGUCCGCCAAAAUGUACUUAACAUGUUUCUCUACUAAUCCAGAACCCUGAUUAGUAAAGAAACAUGUUACCAAAUUGUUCUUACUGACAUAAACUGUAUUUGCACCCAGAUUUAUGGUUUAUACCUCUGCGUUGAGGUGUAAACACAGAGGUAUAACUCUGUUGAGUUCCAACAAUUGGUCAUAAGGACAAGGUUCUCAUUUGCCUGUCUUCUGGAUUUUGUCCACCAUGUGUUCUACUCGUUCCAGUUCUAAGGAGGUGAACCAGGUUUGGGUAAAGACACUACUUGAUUAGAUCUUGGUUAUGUCUUGGUGACAUCUUCCCAAUGAAGAACCUUUGCGGGAUCUUCAUUGGGUUUUGGUUAGAUCCUGGUUGGGUCUUUGGGUCAAUCUGUCAUUCACACAUCCAGAGGACCCAUUUGUCCUCCAAAGCAUCGAAGGCAAGACAUCUCUACGCUGACAUGGGUUUGAUUAUGUGAGUUUAUUUUUCGGUACAUCAGUCCUCCGACUGUUUGAUCUCUUUUGCUGUCGGUAACUCAGGGAACUUUCUGGACUCACAAAGAUUGUAAAUGAAAGCAUCUUCUCUCCCACAUGGAAAACUUUCGAUCGUCUCGAUGAGUUCAGGUUUCAGAACCGGUCUCUCUCCGAUGUAGCAUCACUGCAAACCUUUCUACUGUCCUCCGUUUCUCCUCGUGUCUGUAUAUUAUGUUGUACAUAAAAUCACUAUAAGUUAAUAUCAGAAGGGGCAUUGCUGAUUGAUAUGUGACUAAAGCAUUUUGUAAAGAAAAGCUGUACAUUUUUGCCAGUCGUUCCAACAAACUUUUCCAAACGGCACCAAUCGUUUCUGCUCUUUUAAAGAAUUGAAGUCUUUAUUUUGAAUCAAUAAAUGCAAAAAAAAAAAAAAAAACACUUUAGGUGUAAUUAUGCCAAAUUGUUGUCUGGAAUCUGACAAGCUGGUGCUAAUAAUCAACAUAGUUUGGAUUUUUUUUUUUUUUCUAUGGAACUGUAAUUAUUGUAAGAAGAGAGUGUGACGGGGAGGGUUGUGUAUUUUUCUAGCUGUCCAGUAUUUAUACCCAGGUUUGGUAGUGUGACUGUCAUGCUUCACCUCUUUCCUCCCACGUUUCUUUGUAAAGAAAACUGGUUACCAGCAGUGUUACUUUGGUAAUUAUUGUUAUUAUUAAUAUUAUUAUUGCUGUGUGCAAUUUUGUCUGUUACUCUAGACUUUAAGGCUAUAUUUUAUGUAACUAUUUCCUAAAUAAAUAUGAGAAAUUAUUUCCUAUUUCAAACAGA